UGUCCUGUUUAUUUGACUUCACUAUAAUGUUAAAAUUUAUUUAUUGGAAAAAAUAUCUAUUGAUUGAUUGUGCUUUAACAAUUGCAGAUUUCAUUCAUACAAUUACUUUUUUGUCUAUAAUAUUGGAAAUAUUUUAUUGGUCUGUAAUGUAUAAUUAUUAUUGUAAUUUUAUUCAUCUAUCAUUCUGCAUAAUGUGUAGUGAACUAAAGUGAAUGAAACCACAACUACUUUCUUCCAUAAUCACAUCGCUCUUUCACCUCUACAAUUCCUUGCAAUCGAUAUAAUUGGCAUAUCAGUUACUAGAUAGUAGAUUCUGAAGUAUUUCCGUCGGUUACUUAAAAGUAAGUUAGUAGCAUUUUCAUAGUUCCAUAGUUGUAAUAUUUACUUCUAAAUUAUAAACUUUACUACUUUCUCCACAUUUCAGCUUGCAAAGAUGCCAAAAAUUCAGGCACACAAGCUCAAAAGAAAAUUACUCGAUGAGUUCAAAGACUUUGAGGAUGUUGAUGGAGUGAUACAGUGCAAGUUUUGUCAUGUGAAGAUGGACAGGUUGAAAAAGUCUGAUUUCGUGCAACAUUCCAAAACCAAGAAACACCGGAACAACGUGCAAAGUAUUAAUGAGGAAAUCCCCAAUAUGAAUGAUGGUGAUAGGGAGGAUAUUGGAAUUGAACAGGAGAUGGGAACUUCACCGCAAAAACAGUUCAAUGAGAAACUUUGUCGUGCGCUGUUGUCUGCUGACAUCCCUCUAAAUAAACUCAGCUCAGUUGAAUUUCGGAAUUUUUUGGAGGAAAUUUCUGGAAAAGAUAUGCCUGAUCAAAGUACUCUUAGAAAAUAUUAUGUACAAAAUGUGUACAAGAGUAAGAUAAGUAAACUUAGGAAAAAAGUCGCUGGCAAGAAAUUAUGGGUGUCUAUAGAUGAGACUACUGAUGUGGAGCAGCGAUUUGUCGCUUGUUUUGUGCUUGGAAUUCUUGGAGAAGAGGAUGAACGAGAUAAAUGCUAUCGCGGAAAUAUGGCUUUGCUGGACGCUGUGAAUCAUUCAACUAUAGCAGCGUUCUUCAAUGAAUCUCUCUUACAACUUUGGCCUGACCAAAUUUUGUACCAUAAUAUUCUAGUUGUGACGACUGACGCUGCUCCGUAUAUGUUGAAAGCAAUGCGAGGAUUAAAUGUAUUAUACCCAAAGAUGAUCCACAUUACAUGCAUAGCUCAUGGAUUACACAGGGUUGCUGAAAUUAUUCGGUACAAUUACUCAGAGGUCAAUCGGCUCAUUAGUGCAGCUAAAACAGUGUUUGUUAAAGCACCCCUAAGAGUUCAGAAAUUUAGAGAUUCGUACCCUGAAGUUCCUUUACCUCCCUUACCUGUAAUAACAAGGUGGGGGACAUGGUUACAAGCGGCUGUGUAUCAUUCAACUCAUUUAGAAAAGGUUAGCGAGGUUGUGCUUUCAUUUAAUGCGAAUGAUGCUCAGGAGCUGGUAAACAAUGUUGAAUUGAAGUAUAGCCUAUCUUUCAUUUCAUCCAACUUUUCUAUUAUUCCAUCGACGAUUGAGAAGCUUGAGACUCGGGGCUUAGAUCUUAAAACAGCUAUCAAUCUUAUGGAACAAGUUGAAACAAACCUUAAGAAAAUGUACGACCAACAGUACUAUAAAAAGUUGCAGGCGGUCAUGAAAAAGAAUAAGGGUUUCUUAGUCAUGAAGGAAAUAAAUUCUCUUCUAUCUGGAAAAUUGAAAGAAGCUGAAAGCGAAUACGUGAAACAGUUAUCUAGUUCAGAUAUAUCUGCAUUCCGUUAUGCACCACUUGUGUCAUGUGAUGCCGAACGA